AGUGUCUAAAAAAUUGUUCUGAAUAAGUCAUGCCAAAAUGAAGGUGCCUGAGAGAUUUAGAAUGAUUACUUUGUUUCUUUUCAUCCAAUUGCUGGUGUCUGUGUACGCAGUUGAACCUCUCUGGACCCGUUUAGUUGGUGGAAGUGGAUCCUUCGAAGGCCGAGUUGAGGUUAAUUACCAACAUUGAUGGAGAACUGUCUGUGACGACGGUUUUGACCUUAAUGACGCCCACGUGGUUUGUCAUACAUUGGGGUAUCCAAGAGCUUCAACUUACGACUCAAGCGCCUCCUUUGGUGAAGGUACAGGCGAAAUCCUCCUGGAUAAUGUAGAAUGUACAGGAACUGAGUCAAACAUCGCAUUUUGUCGACACAACGGUUACUACAAUCACAACUGUGGGCACCAUAAUGAUGUAGGGGUCGUCUGCGAAGGCAUAAAUUAUGCAAAUUUGUACGGUUGGAUGGACGAGAACGCAGGACGGGUUGAGGUCAUCUAUCAAGGUUCACUUGGAACUGUUUGUGCCGAUGGCUUUGGACUGGCGGAAGCCAACGUGGUUUGUAGGAUGGAAGGCUUUACCUUUGCCGAGUCUUACUCGUCAUGCUGUCCCUAUUUCUCGGAAGGAUACGGUGACAUUCAUCGUUUUAAUUGCACAGGAGAAGAAGUGAAUAUUGGACACUGCAGCCAUAAUCCUUUUGGGACCGACACCUGUGGACACCAGGACGAUGUUGGAGUCACAUGCAGAAAACUUCCAGUUCGUCUUGUCGGCGGUGAUACACCUAACGAAGGGCGAGUCGAAGUGGGACACUUUGAUUAUUAUUAUUAUUAUUAUUAUUAUUGGGGCACAAUCUGUAGUGACUCCUGGGAUAUCAAUGACGCUACUGUGGUUUGUCGAAUGCUGGGAUAUCCUGGAGUUUCUUCUGCAAUGAAGAGCUUUGGCCCAGGCUCAGGGAAUAUCAUCUUCGACAACGUCAGUUGUGACGGAUCAGAGACACAUCUCACACAAUGCAACCAUGCUGGAUAUCUGGUUCAUAACUGCGAUCACACUGAAGAUGUUGGUGUUGUAUGCAGCGGGCAAGCCGAGCUCGGGGUUCGUCUCGUAGAUGGCCCCGAUGAGAGCCAGGGGCGGGUUGAGUUGUUCUACUUUGGAGCAUGGGGUACCGUAUGCCAAUAUGACUGGAACCUACUAGACUCACAUGUUGUCUGUAAGAUGUUAGGAUUCAUCGGUGCUACAGGAUAUUCAGGUUAUUCAACACACGGUCCAGGGACUGGAGAAAUUUUAUUACGCGAGCCAGGAUGCACAGGAAAAGAAACAAAUCUUCUUGAUUGUAAUCUGGGUUACACUUUUGGUGAAACGUAUUGUUAUGAUCAUACAACUGAUAUUGGCGUUUCUUGCUUGAAAUGGGAUGAUCUUCAGGUUCGUCUGGUCAAUGGAAGAUCUACCAAGGAAGGCCGUGUAGAGGUAUUAUACUCCGGUACUUGGGGGACAGUGUGUGAUGACAAAUGGGAUCUUGAAGACUCUGACGUGGUUUGUAGAAUGCUCGGAUUUGAACGGGCGGAGAACUUCUCCUGCUGCGCUGGAUUUGGACCAGGACCUGGGCCUAUAUACUGCUGGAAGAUGUGGAGUGCGAAGGGACGGAUGUUAAGGUCUUAAACUGUAAACUCAUGCUAUAGCGUAACUCGCUCCCUAGCUUAUUGAAAAUAUGUCCAGUGUGCGCGCGCACUGCCUC